ACUGGGGAAUCAGACCUGAGGAUCAUCCUCGUCGGUAAGAGUGGAGGUGGGAAAAGUGCAACAGGAAACACCAUCCUUGGGGAGGAGAAGUUUAAGUCUGUACAGGAGGCAACGCCUGUUACUCAGACAUGUAGCAAAGGCAGCAGGACCUGGAAUGGAAGGAAGGUUGUGGUUAUCGACACACCUGCUAUUUUUGAUACCAAGGUCUCUGAUGACAAAACCACCCGUGAGAUCUGUCGCUGUGUUGCGCUCUCCUCCCCAGGCCCCCACGCUCUGGUGUUGGUGACCCAGCUGCACCAUUUCACUGAGGAGGAGCUGGGAGCGCGGCGACUCACUGGAGAUCAGCACCUGAGGAUCUCCUCGUCGGUAGAGUGGAGGUGGAAAAGUGGCAAACAGGAAAACAUCCUUGGGGAGAGAAUUAAGUCUGUACAGGAGGCAACGCUGUUACUCAACAGUAGCAAAGGCAGCCAGGACCUGGAUGGAAGGAAGACAUUCCUGCAGCUGAUCCAACAGUGUCAGGGCCGAUACUGCGCUUUCAACAAUAAAGCUACAAGGGAUGAACAGGCUGCCCAGGCUGACGAGCUGAUAACUAGGAUUGCUCACAUGGUGGAGAGGAAUAAAGACCAACCGUUCUACACCAAUGAGGUGUAUGAAAAGGCUAAGAAGCUUCCAAAUAUAAAAGAUAUGUUUUUGUGUUGUGUGAAAGAUGAAGGACCACAUCAGUAUGAAAGAGAGGAGGCUGAAUUGAUGAUAAUACAGAAAUCCUAUGAGGAAAAACAAAAAUCCAAGGCCAAUCAAAAUUAAUUCAGUGUCUGUGGUAUUUUUCCUAGUGCCAAAAUGUCUGAAGUUCAGAAAUGAUGAUAACUGAGUUACAUCUAUUGUCUGAUUCUCCUAUGGUUUUACCAGGCUUUGUAGAGGCUCAGUAAUUAGAGAUGGAGGGAAAAGAACUUUUAACUCUUCUUAAGUAAAAUUUUCAAAGCGCGUCAGGGUGUGUCUGCAUGGCAUUUUGGAGUGUGCGGGAGCACGUCUCUCAGCCCAGGUUGAUAAAAGCCCAGCCAAACCCUCAGGCUCCAGAACCCGAGGUUCAGCUCAAGCUGAAGUUUCCCAGAGCUGUCUCUAAAGCUGUUUUUGAGCACUAGUGCGAGACCUGCUAGCCCAGGCUGGGAUGCUUGCUUCAAAAUGCUGUGCAGACAUACUCCAUGUGACUUCAGAGCCUGUGUCCCAUUUUCUCCAGGUCUUGGGGGAUUGAGACUUUGAAGGAUUGUUCCCAACAGUAUCUACUCCAAUGUUCUGAUCCAUUCAGUCUUAAACAAAUCACUGAUGGAAACUAGCUGUUUCUUGAGGAAAGCCCCAUUAUCUGUUAGGAAAACGUCCUGCUAUCAUAAUUGUUCUUUUCUUCAAUUUCACCCAGUUAUACCUACAUAUAAAUCCUUGGCCCAUUCUAAAUAAUUCAGUUCUUCUAAAUGGCCAACCCAUUUUACUGCUUGUCUCGAGAACCCCUAUAAUUCACCUUUUCUGGUAGUGAAAUGCCAAGAUCUGAAAGCACCAUUCCAGGAGUGAUCGCUCCAAGAGUUCUAAGCAGCCCUGUCACCUCCCUGCUCUGGGACAUGAUGGGUCUGCAACCCAAAGGCAGAUUGGCUUUGUCUGCAAACACCUCACAUGGCAAACUCCUUUCUAAUGUGUGUGUUUCCCUCACAUCCCAUAAUCUCUUAAAGUCAUUAAAGGAAUUUCACUGUUCCAUAGCCCUACGAAUUCCUAAGUCCUGCAUCUCAAUAGCUCAUAUGUCCUCACUCUAUAUUAGUGCAGAAUGUUUAUACCGAGAUCAGUAAGUCAAACCAUUAAUUAGCAUUUGUUCUUUACUAACAUUAUGUACUGAGAAAUCUAUAUCAAAGACACCUUAUUGUGAAAACAUGUCUUAGGAGUCUGCUGCAGGAUAAACCUCUCAAAAGUAAACAAACAUAGUUUAGAGAGAUGUUGGAAUUGUUUUAUAUUUAUGUUUUGAUUUAUGAUGAAAAUGAAAUUGAGCAGGUAUUCUAAGAUUCUGAUGUAUGAAAUAUUAGACAGUGUAAUGAAAAAUAUAUGAAAUAACCAAAUUAAUGGUAAUUUUUACAUCCUGGUAGAGAGACUUUUUUUAAGUUAUUGAUAUAGUGGUUGCCAAGACUUGUAAAAGUCUGCAGAAGAUAUGUGCCCUUUAACGUGAGACACUAUAAUGAGCAUUCUCUUUGUUCUUCUGAAGUAUUAGAAAAGUAAUUGUUUCCUGGCAACAAAUAUUAGAAUUGUACAUGCAAGACCAGGUCUGGAUUCUGCUUUCUCUAGCUCUAAAUUGGUUUGUCUUUAAAAACUAUGCUUACAGAUUGCACUUGUAUUUCAGUGAGGUACAAUAAAAUAUUUUUGUCUCUAUUUUA